AUGAGAGAUAUAAACAUAAACACUAAAAGAACAGACUUAUUAAAGUGGAGACUUAAAGCUAAAAAUGGAAGACAAACGUGGCAUUAUUUAGAUGAUGAAGAUGAAAUUAAGAAUUGGCCUCAAUCUGCUAUUGAUAAAUAUUCGCUUGGUUUACCUUUUAAAACAAAAGAAUUUAUCAAACCAACUAAAGCAUUAGAAGCUGCCAAAAAUGGAUUUAAAUUCUAUAAGCAACUUCAAACUGAAGGUGGUCAUUGGACAGCAGAUUGUGGAGGACCAAUGUUUUUAACUCCAGGAAUUGUAAUUUCAAUGUAUAUUACUCAAAUACCAAUUCCAGAAAGUUGGAGAGUAGAAAUGAUUAGAUAUUUAUUUAAUCGAGCUCAUCCUGUUGAUGGAGGAUGGGGAUUACAUACCGAACAUCAUUCAACAGUUUUCGGGACUGCAAUGAAUUAUGUUGUACUUCGGAUUUUGGGAGUGGAUGCGGAUCAUCCAUCAAUGGUUAAAGCUAGAUUAACUUUACAUAAACUUGGUGGUGCUAUUAGUAUACCGUCAUGGGGUAAAUUUUGGCUAGCAAGUUUAAAUGUUUAUGAUUGGGAUGGAAUUAAUCCGAUUCCACCAGAAUUAUGGCUUUUUCCUUAUUCUUUUCCAUUUCAUCCUGCUCGUUAUUGGAUUCACACACGUGUUGUUUAUCUUCCUAUGGGAUAUAUUUAUGGUCGGAGAUUUAGAGCCAAAGAAACACCAUUGAUUAUGCAAUUGAGACAAGAAUUAUAUACACAACCUUAUGAAACAAUAAAUUGGACCAAGGCACGAGGUAACAUUGCGGAAGUUGAUGUUUCUGUUCCUCAUUCAAAACUUUUGAAAUUUGUUAAUUCAGAAGAUCCAACAUUUCAUGAAUCAUCGCUAAAAGCAUUAAAGUAUAUAGAUUAUUCACAAUUUAGAAAAGAUCCUGUAAAUUAUUCAAGAUGUUAUAGAGCACCGACUAAAGGAGCAUGGGGAUUCAGUACACGUGAUCAAGGAUAUUUUGUAUCAGAUUGUACUUCUAUAGGAGUAAAGUCGGCUAUUGAACUUCAAAAACGUGUAUAUCAAGCUAUAGAUCUUUUAUUAAAUAAUCAAAAUAGUGAUGGAGGAUUUGCGAGUUUUGAAAAAAUUCGUGGAAUAUCAUUUUUAGAAUGGAUAAAUCCGUCUGAAAUGUUUGGAAAUAUUAUGAUUGAAUAUAAUUAUCCUGAAUGUACAUCCUCCGUGAUAACAGCAUUAAAUACAUUCUCAAAGUAUUAUCCAGAUUAUCGUGCAGAAGAAAUCAAAGAAACCUGUGAAAAAGCUAUAAAUUAUAUUCACGAUUCACAGCGUAACGAUGGAAGUUGGUAUGGAUCAUGGGGUAUUUGCUUCACUUAUGCUGCAAUGUUUGCAUUGGAAUGUUUGGCAUCUUACGGAGAGACUUAUGAAAAUAGUGAAAGCGUCAGAAAAGGAUGUAAAUUUUUAAUUACUAAACAAAAAAAAGAUGGUGGAUGGGAAUAUGUUCAACACGAAAAAUCGCAAGUUGUAAAUACUUCAUGGGCAUUACUUGCUUUAAUGUAUGCUAAAUAUCCAUACGAGAAAGAUAUCCGUCGUGGUAUUCAGCUUUUAAUGUCACGUCAAUUAUCUAACGGUGAAUGGAAACAAGAAGCAUCUGAAGGAGUUUUUAGUAAAUAUUGUACAAUUAGAUAUCCAUCUUAUAAAUUUAUUUUUACAAUUUGGGCAUUAGGAAAAUAUGCCAAAAUUUAUAAUGAUCCUAUUGUUUUUAAAUAG